UUCUAUAACACACAACAAUGUCCUCAAGUAUUACACAAAAAGACGCCGCUAAAGUUCAAUCCAUGUUGGCCAAAGAAGGUCAAGAUACCGGGAAAGGAACCACUGCCGCAGUUGCACAGAGUGAAGGAGAUAAAAACUUUGAAAAGGGUAAAAAGGCCACUGAAAAAGGUUUCUGUACAAAAUCCAACUAUGAUGAACCAUCAACCAAACCUGAUUAUCCUAUGGAUUAGAUAUUUUAUUCGGCCAAGAUAACAAUCAUUUUAUGUAAAUUGUCAAUUAUUCUCCUUAAAAUCCGUUGAAUAUGUAUUAUAAUUUUUUACAUUACCAAUAUCACUAAACAAACAAACAAAUAAAUAAUAGUUACUAUGUGUAUGCAUAAAAAGAGUGUUGUGUUCAAGUGUUAUCAAAUAUAUAUAGAAUAGGUUACAGAUAUAUAUAAAUUGAUCUGCAUAUACAUUUAUAGUGUUGAGUUUACGUAUAAUUCUGACAUGUCAAUUUAUAAUUUAACGCGUAAAAAAAAA